CUGUGUCAGUUGGUGCUCUAGUCCAACGGCUAGAUCGCUAGCAAAAUGCUUUGACAAUCAGCAGUCAGUUGCUGAGCGUGAGCACGCGCGUGUGAUGAUCAUUUGGCGUGCGAAAAAAAUACAUAUAUACCAAAUAUCAAAUAUAAAACAUCGACAAAAAGCAAACAAAACUUCGUUGUAAUCAACAAUAACAACAGCAAAGCGGUCAAAAGUUGAAGUGCGCGGCGGAAAAUAAUUAAAUGGAAUGCAGCAAAUAAGAUGAAAGGAAGGCAGGAAGUGAUCUGAAAGGAAAUCAGCGUGAACUGAGGUCAACGACAACCACUUUCCGUAAAUGAGUCGAAAGAAAUUUUAAAACUGUCAACCGAACUUGCAAUAAUUUAUUAAAAAUAAAAUAAUUUAAAUAAUAAAUAUUUCAGCUAUAAAAUUAAUUAAUUGAAAAAUUAGAAAAUCAUAAAAAUUAUUUUCCGUCUGCUGAAAAAGUUCAAAAAGUGCAUGCGACAAAAAAUUGCUAAUCUCUAAUUGUUUGCAAAAAAAAAGAUUAAAGAAAUAUUAAUAAUUAAGUGAAAAAAACUCAAAAGUGAAUAUAUAUUUAUAUGUGUGUGCAUACGUAUAUUCGCCAACAAAGUGCUCACAGCUACACGGAAGCUAAUCAUCCGCUAUAAUCUGUCCAAGCAGGCAAAGCAACAAUUGCCUAUUAAUCUAUCACAACAAAAAAUACAAAAAAAGUUAAAUAAAAAACUGAUAAGAUCGCAGAAUGCAAAGACAGUUUUUAGAGCCGGGAGAUUAACAGAUUAAUAUUAAUAUUAAUAAUAACAGAGAUUUGCAAAAUUAUUAGAAAUCACAUAAACAAAGCUGCGAGCAACGGUAAAUACUGCACGAAGCUUCAAUAAAUGUACGCAAGCAGUGUUGACACCCUUCGAAGAAAUAAAAAUUAAUUAAGUUAAAUAUUUCCAGCACACGACAGGAAGCUUAUGCGACGGCGUUGCCAACUAUAAGCAAAUCGUGACAACCACCUACCACAGUAUUUCCUUCAAUAGAGAAAAAAAAACAAAUAACGCUUGCAACAUGCGCGCCUUCCAACGCGGCUUUUUCUGCAACGACCUCUCGCUGCGCUAUCCCUACCGCGAGUGCACGAUCACCAUACCGAUGUUGCUGAUCUACACACUGCUGCUGCCGAUGCUCUUCAUCAGCGUUGUGGAGAUUAUGCGCAUCUGCAAGUGUUUUCGACUGCGCAAAUAUAUAACGAAUUUGGCACGCAGCUUGUCGAUCUUCAGUUUCGGUUUCAUCGCCACCUAUCUGACGACUGAGUUGGCGAAAAAUGUUGUCGGACGCCUGCGUCCACACUUUUACACCGCCUGCCAACCGCGCUUGGCGGACGGCAGCUCGUGUGAGAGCGCCUAUCAGCAGCUAGUCGGCGGCGGCGUUUAUAUAGAGCACUACUACUGCUCGAAUCGCAAUUUAAGUGCGCGUCAGCUACGCGAAUUGCACGUGUCUUUUCCCAGCGCACAUUCAUCGCUCUGCUUCUACGUCAUGCUCUUGCUCUGCUUCUACCUGCACGCAGUGUGGCGUGGACGCGGCACAACGCGUGUACUACGUCAUAUACUACAGUUCCUAUUGUUGUUGGUCGCUUGCUAUAUAGCGCUGAGUCGCGUGCGUGACUAUUGGCAUCACUGGUCAGAUGUGCUGGCAGGUGCGCUGCUCGGAGCGCUCUACGCUAUACUGACCGCCGUGUAUGUGGGGCGCAUGUUACGGCCGGCGUUUGCGGAAGCUUCAUCAACGCAUAAGCAUAAAAAGCAUCAAUAUAAAGUGGCGGCGAAACAUCACGCAUCACAUCUCAAUCAACAUACACACCAUCAUCACGCGCUUACCGGAUCGCAACAUCACCUGUCACAGCACGACGUGCGCAGUCGCAUGUUGCUGGUGGCAGCUAGCGGCAGUGUUGGCAAUUUGCAACAGCAACAAUUGUUGCCAACACCACAGGAAGAUUUGGAGAAGCAGCAAUUGCACGAACAAGUGGUUAAAGAGCAUUUAGUGGAGCGUGGCAGUAUUGGCGGUGGCGGCGGCGGCGGCGGCGGUAUAGGUGGUGAAUGGAAGCUGCAGGCGGUAGUGUUGCCAACGUAACGCAUAGAGCGUGCACUAAGGCGAAUUAGGAAUGGGCGCACGCAUGGUUUGAGGUUGAAGUGUAGUGCAGCAGAAAAUAUGGCGAAAUUGAAAGCGGCGCAAAUCUGUAAACAAUCACAUACAUAUAAAUUAGCGACUUCGGCGACGGCACUGUGAUAAGAGUAGAGUGUAACGCCCCCCAUAGCGCAUGUGGCGAAUGACGGAUUGGUUGGUAGACUGAAGUAGACAGAAAACUGUGUGCCUUGCUCCGAAAAUUGCACAAUUUUUUAAAUCAAUAGAAAAAAGGAAAAAGAUAAAAAGGAGGGUUAAUAAAAAAUAAAAAUGGCUAUAAUAGAGCAGAUAAAAUAUAAUAAUGCAGCAAAGUGUACGUGAGGGGUCAAAUGCCCCUCUUGAGCUAAUUUAAACUAUCUUCCUGAAUAAAACUUGAUUUUAACCACCAUAUUUUACCUCUGAGAUCCUGUGCCCUUACCUCGAUUCCAACUACAAACGAGAUAAACUAUGCUUCAAGUGAUCAUAGAGGCUCAGAGAGUAUCCGUAGAUCCAUCUGAAACAGGAAAAAACUGAAAAAAUAGAAAAAAAUUUCUAAGAGGGUUCUAACGGAUGCAGGGACCCCCUUUUGAACUCCCCGUCGUUUUGCUAAGGCCGUUUCAACUGAGUACGUAAAUAUUUGACGGCUUUUUCUUCAGUUCAAGUGCGUCUUUAAUGAAACCCCUCCACCUCCACAUCACUGAUUCACAGCACACAUGCUUGGCGCAGCAACAACAACAAUAAUAGCCUUGCCGUACCUGCGCACAUAAUUAUUAGUCAAGCGAGCGGCCAACAACAACAGAAACAAAAGGAAAAAGAAAAGGAAAAAAAUAUUUCUAUCAAAAGGCAAAACUAUUCACUAUUGUGCAAUAAGAAGUGGCAAAAAAGGCGCACAACAACAAAAGGCAAUACAACAAUUUGUUUUUGUGGUUUUUUUUUUCUGUAUGUUUCUUGUAACCAAAAUAAACGGUUCGCCUAACUAAUAUGAAUACUAACGAAUGUAUGCACAUAAAUAAGUAUGUUCGGCUCAGUAUGGCAACAUCAUCGGCAAGCGUGACAGCGCUGUUGGCAAUAGUGUCCGCAUGCCUUUAGUUAGUUGCAUGCCACAGCCAUGAACGCUGUAGCAAUACCACCAGCAGCAGCAGCAGUAGCAGCAACAAGCAACAACUUGUGACUGAGUCAUCAAGAGUGAGCGCUUUGGAAGCUAACAGACAUAUCUAUAGAGGAUCAGAGGCAAACAAUCAUAUAUAAAUAUAUACGCGUACAUGCGCGUAUAUGAACGUGUGUGUGAUUAUAGCAUAUGAGUAUAUAGUAUGUAUGCAUAUAAAUAUUUCUACGCCACUUAAAUGUACAUUUGUAUAUACAUAUGUACAUACAUAUAUUUCGAUUGGAGUUUGUUCCCCUUUGGCUGUGUGUUGCGAAUAAGAAGCAGCGGCUACUCGCUGGCGAAAAUAAAAAAUAAACAACGUAAAAUAAAAGAAAAAUAAUCGAAAGAAAAAACUGAAAUAAAUUCACAAUAACAAUGCGGCGAAAGCAAUAAGGAACAAAAGUGUACGACAAUAACAACAACGAUAACAGUUCAUUCAGUGUCUCGGCGUUCAACGACAGCGAAAAAAAAAUAUGAAAAUAUUAAACUUUAGUUUUAUAAUAGUUAACAUAUACAUAGCUACAUAUGGAUGUAUGUAUGUACAUUUAUUCAUCACAUAUAAGUAUGUACGUAUGUGCAUAUGUUUUCUUGUAGCCAAUAUUAUAAAAAUGAGGCAGCUGCUAAGCUUUAGCUUUCUAGCGCAAGACAUAUAUUUAAGCUAAGUAGGUACAUAUGUAAUUGGUAUAUAUUUUUUAGCUAAAAAAAUUAUGUAUUUUACGAUUUUAAGCUCAAAAUAUCGCACUCGUACACUUGUUCAUUUACACUCACAAGCAAACAUCACACAAUCAAUCAGUCGUUCAAACAGCGCGCCAACAUUUAUAUACAUAAAUAUUUGUAUAUAUGUGAGAGUAUACAUAAUAAAUUUAAAUGAAUUAUAUCCUCAUAACUUUUAAGCUAAACUACUUAAGUACCUUGACUUCCUUUAGACACUAAUGAUUUGCAUGUAUGUACGAGUAUAUACAUACAUAUGUAGGUGAGGUGUGUACACUUAAGUAGUUAAGUAAAUGUAAAUUUAUUGUGUGACAAAAAAUAAAAUAAAAAUAGAGGAAUUAUAUAUAAAAUAUAUGUCAGGAAGUAGACUUCUUCGGUAGCAUAAAUUAAAUAAAGAAAUUUGUACUUACCUUUGUUGGAAGGAAAA